UGCUCACUCAAGGGGAGGCCAGUCACGUUAGGAGCACGAGCGGAGAAGUCAACGGUCGUGAGUCAACCGAGACGCUCCUAAGUCUGGGAAAGCAGGCUGGACCGCUCGAGCUAGGAAAGAGACCGCUGCCCCAAAGUGAGGAGCAAAUGUUGACCAUAACACAGAGCGAGAUGCAGAGGAUGAUUGCCGAAGCUGUAGCUGCCCAAAUCAAACAAACACCAGUCGAGCAACCCAGGGUGGAACAACCCCGAAUCGAGCAAGCUAGGAUCGAACAACCUCAAAAUGAGCAGCAACCCCCUGAACGCGAACAACAGGCACAAUCACAUGAAAGGCAGAACAUGAGGGUAGAUGAGGAGGAGUCCUCUGUCAGAACCGUUAAUCCACAAGCCAGAAACGACACGCUGGAGCAGCUGUUAGCGCAGGUCCGAGACCUUCAGGCUCGAGUGGAAAGAAGAAAAACGGGAAGCUCGAGGGGACACCCUUUUUCACAACAUAUUCUAGAUGUCGACUUGCCUCAGGGGUUCAGGGAGCUCAAUAUCUGGUAUGACGGGUCGACUGAUCCCUCUCGACAUAUCAGAAGUUUUGAAAACAUGGCAGUAUUGCAUCGUUAUAACGACCCCGUUCAGUGUCGAGCGUUCCUGACAACCCUGCGAGGACCAGCACAGGAUUGGUUUCAUCAAUUGCCCCCAGGAGCCGUCAGGGACUUUGACGGAUUCAGCUCGAGCUUCCUAAACCAAUUCGCAAGUGUAAAAGCCCAAGAAAAGUCUUACCUUACUUUGAUAGGUAUGCAGCAGAAAGAAGGGGAAUCAUUGAGGGACUACGUGGCGAGAUACACACGGGCGUGUGUCGACGUCCCCUCGGCCACUGAGGAGAUUAAGUCGGGAGGACUCACUCGAGGGCUACUCCCGGGACUGUGCAGAAAUUCCCUAGCAAAGCGACCCGGAAGGACGUUCGAUGAAGUAUUGGGAAGGUGCGCCAAAUACAUGAAUGUCGAGGAAGCCGAAGCUGACUUUUUACAAGCGGCUAAAGCAAAAGCUGAGUCUCGGGACGAAAAGAAGGAUAGAAAACCGGUCUCGACGGUUGAAAGGAAGGGAUCCCCGAA